CCGGUCACGUCUCCCCUCUCUCUUAAUCUGUCGGUCAUUUCGCGUUUAUAAAUAGGGCUAACCAAGACCUGCCCUCCCCGCCAACUACACUCGAAACCAAACAUCCAGAAUUAGGAUCUGGGUUCAAUCUAGCAAUGGCAGAAAAGACCUUCAAGUUAAUCAUAAAAGUUGACCUACGCUGCUGUUGUUGCUACAAAAAGAUUCAAAAGAUUCUAUGCAAGAUCCAAGAACGAGAUCAGAGCAUAAAAACUAUCACCUAUGACAAGAAGAACAAUACUGUCACAGUCUCCGGCUCAUUCGAUGCCGAGAUGCUCUCCAGGAAGCUCCGCUGCAUGGCCUGCAGGGUGAUCAUAGACAUAAAAAUUGAAGAGGACAAUCCAUCCAAAAAGGAUGACGAGAAAAAACCUAAGGACACGCCACCGUGUAAACCACCGUGUCCACCACCGUGUCCACCAGCAUGUCCACCACCGUGUCCACCACCGUGUCCACCAGCAUGUCCACCACCGUGUCCACCACCGUGUCCACCACCAUGUCCACCACCAAGCUGUCAGGUUUGUUGCUGGAUGCCCUCCUCUGGGGGGGACCAAGGAGGGUCUUGCUGUUACUCUUGUGGAAGGAUCUACGGAUGUGCGCCUGAUUGUCCACCAAUGCCCUAUGGUGGAACCUCUUAUGGAGGAUACCAGUUCAUUCUUAAGGAGGAUCCAUCAACGUCAUGUACCAUCAUGUGAUCGAUCGUGUGUAUCCAUGUUUUUCCUUUGCCAAAAAAUAAUAAUAGUAAUAAGGGUGAAGGAUGUUAGAGUUAUAUGUGGGAGAAUAAUGUGGAAAUAAAGUGUUAUUUCCGUGUAAUAUUUUCAUUUGGAAUAUUGUGUGAAAGAAAUAUUAUAUAUAUGCUUGAUAA